GGGGAUGAAAUGUUCUCUGACAUUUACAAGAUCAAAGAAUCACCAAAUGGGAUGUUAUUGGAAGUUGAGGGAAAGAUGGUUAGUAGAACGGAGAAUAUCGAUGACUGUCUGUUGGGGGCAAAUGCGUCGGCGGAGGUGCAGGAUGACGGCUGCGAGUCCAGCACAGUCAGUGGAGUGGACAUUGUCCUCAACCACAAACUGCAGGAGACAUCCUUCACCAAGGACUCAUACAAGGGCUACAUCAAGGACUACAUGAAGGCGAUCAAGGCUAAGCUGGAGGAGAACAACCCAGACAGAGUGAAGCCUUUCAUGGCUGGAGCUCAGGAGGAGAUCAAGAAGAUCAUGGGCAACAUGAAGAACUACCAGGUAACUACUAGUUACAGCUAUACAUCUACUACUGCCUACAGCAAAUUCAGCUACACAUAUAUUCCUCACAUCACAACUAUUUGUGCUCAGUCAAGCUGUGAUGACACCUUUGGAGGAAUGGAGUUCCAGGCCUACGAAAUUCAACAGUUAUGA